ACAGCGGUCAGGACUUCAUCCGGAGCCGAGCCUUCGGAGGCGGCCGUGUGACAGCCAGUCCGGGAAGCAACGAUCGUUACUGAACCGGUGCUGGAGGGAGACAGCCUUCCGGUCGGGACAAAGGGAAGGACACAGGGCGAGGAUAUGGGGACUCAAGGAUCAGGCAGAAAGCGGAUUGCCAAUCGAGAGCGACUGUCUGCAGAAGAUGAUACUCUGAAUCUGAUUGCCAGGGAGGCUGAGGCCAGGUUGGCUGCAAAGCGAGCUGCACGAGCUGAGGCAAGAGAGAUUCGAAUGAAGGAGCUGGAGAGACAGCAGAAGGAGGUGUCUGAUGAAGAUGAGUGGACAUCAGUCGGAAGCCGUGGCAGUGCUCGGGCAAAUGGCUUUGACGUGUUGUCUUGUGGAUCUGGGCACAGUAAACACUCUAGUAGGGGAAGUUACUAUUCCGACGUCCCUGUGCUCAGCAUUGGACUCAACUCCAAGUCCCACACGGCAUCCCAGAAUGGAACACGGGUGGAGGAACGAUUGGAAAAAGAUUUUAUGGAGAAGGGAUCCAGAGCAGCUUCAAGCCUCUCUGCAGCUACCCUUGCCUCCCUGGGGGGGACCUCAUCAAGGCGAGGUAGUGGGGAGACUACCACCUCAAUAGACACUGAAGGUUCAAUUCGAGAGAUCAAGGACUCAUUGAUGGAGGUUGAGGAGAAAUACAAAAAGGCCAUGGUAUCAAAUGCACAGUUGGACAAUGAAAAGGCAAACCUUAUGUACCAGGUGGACACACUGAGGGAAGACCUGAUGGAGCAGGAGGAACAGUUAGCAGAGAUGCAGAGGGGAUAUGAGGAAAAGACCAAGGAACUGGAGAGACAAAAACAUGCUUAUAGCAUCUUGCAGCGUCAAUUUGAAGAAAUGAAGGAGACCCUUCAAGAGAGGGAAAAGAUGUUAACGGCCUUAGAAAGACAGAAGGAAUACUCUGAAGCCAUCAGGAUUGAUCGAGAUGAACUUAGAAAUGAGGUUGUAAUGCUGAAGGAGAGACUAAAGGCACAUGGGUUGAUGACAAAUGGAGAAGCUGAGCACAUUGGCAAAGAAGGCAGUGCACACAGUGAGAGUAGUCAGACAAGGCCUCAAGCUGAAGCCCAGCAACCGAGCUCCAGUGACAACUCACUAGGAGAAACCCACGGAUUGCAGAUGAGGAGUGAGAUUUUGAAGGCUGUUGAGCAAACAGGAGACAUGCAGAAUACUGGAAUUGAUGAACAGAUGGAGGAGACUGGGAAUCGGGAAAUAUUAAUGGAUAAUGUGGAAGAAAAGGACAAAGCUGAGAAUUGUGAGGAACUAACUGAGGCUGAUGCACCAACAAUGACUGUAAGAGAUAAUGGAAAUGCAGACCAGAUAAAAUGUACUGCAUCUAAUCUUGAUGGUGCAGAGCAAAGUCCAAGUGACACUCAAAACUCUAGAGGUAAAGCGAUACCUGAGGGAAUAAGCGACACCUCAGGAUUUGAAGAAGGAAUGCAGAGUUAUGGUUACAGUGAGGGUAAUGAAAGUGACCCAAGGGUGAAUGGGAAUCAGCUGCAGGAGAAAGCUAACCAGAACUCUAACGAUGUUGAAAACGGAGCUGACUAUCAAAUGAUUUUAGAGAAAACUCAGGAAAUAGUGCAAGAUGUAGUAGAAAAGUCUCUUCAAAUUUUCCAGCAGCAGAUGUCUGGGCAUGAUUUGCAGGAAAAGUCACAAGAUAAGGAUGAGACCAUCUCUGGUGAGAUAGGGUCAGUCCAAGUGAAAGAGGAAAACUUGACAAGGGCACAAGAAAGAACUGCUGAUUUUUACCAGGUUGAAGAGAGGGAUCUAGGUGGAGCAAUGAUGCAAGAGACAGAACAGGAGCAGGCAGUCAAUGGGGAUGUUGAGUUCCAUUCAACAGUUCAGGAGAGUGAAAUCUGCCCAUUUGCUGUUCAGGGUGCUGUAAUCAAUAAUGGGGAAGCAGGGCAGUUGUUAAUUCAGUCAGAUCAGAAUGAUCUAUCUGGAUCAAGUGGGGAAGGCUUCCAUGAGCUGGAUGGAGCAGAGGAAGAUGAGAGAAAGGAGCAAUCUGUAGUCGGUGGAUUCACAGUUUCUGAAGAGCUGGAGGAAGUAAAGGAAAUGGCAGAAGAGGCUGAGGUAAGGAGUGGUUUAAUAAUAGGAGCAGCCCUAGAGGAGUGGGAGGAAAAUGAAGAGAUUGCUUGCCAUCUAAGGGAGGAAGGAAGGCCUGUGAUCAGAGAUGAAGUUAACCAUGCAUGCAUUCAUAGUGAAGGUCAGGAUUGGACGGAUGAUAUGACAGUGAAAGAGAGGACAGAGGUCUGUCAGCAGGAUAGAGAAAUGGAAGAUUUGGAACAAGGGAAAGAACAGCUGGCAAAUGAAGCUGAGCUCAUUCCAGAUGCAGAGCCAUGUGAUAGAACCAGACAACUGCUGCAGCAACAGAAAGUGGAAGGCAGUUUAGAGCAUGGCUGUCUCCUGAAAAUGACACUGAAUGAGGAAACAAACGAGGCAGAAACUGAGAUUGAAAGUAAAGCUGUAGAAUUUGAAGGUGAAGGUAAGAGGCUCAGGGAAAAUGAGGAUAAAGCUGGGGAACUUAGAGAAGAUGAAGAAGAGCACAGAGGCUUCACUGCAGAGGAAAUUAAAGGCCAUGGAAUGGAUGAAAGUGACAAUGGAGAGAGUGUCAUUGAAGGUUGUGGAAUUGAUCAUGGUACUGACAAAGAAAGUAAUACAUGUGGAAUCUUGCAUGAUGGAGAUGGUGGGGAGAGUGGUGAGGUCAGUGGUCAUGAAAGUGAAAGAGCUGUCGGGAGCUCCAGUGUCGGUGUGGAUAUAGCCAACGGUAGGGAUAAAGACCUGGGAAAAGAAAAAAAUGACAACAUUGUCCAAAUAAUUGAUCCCUAUGAGACUGAGGGCUCCAAAGAAGAUAUUACUAAAUGUCAAGAAGAGCAUGCAGCAAAAUUGGAAAUCCAAGGAGAAGAAAUUGAGAUGGAAGCCUCUAGAGAUACUAACAAUGAGUUUAAGAUUAAGGAAAGUGUAUGUGAGUUUCAAUACACUAGUCCAGAUAGUUUCAACAGACCUGAAGAGAAGAAAGAUGAAGUCACAGGUCCCAUGGAGAGUAGUGAUGAGGUCAGAGGUGUAGAAGGGUGUGAGGUCAAGGGCAAUGGAGAAGAGGAGGAUGAGGUCAAGUCCUCCAAAGGUGAAGAAGAGGAUGAGGUCAAAAGGCUCAGAGAAGAGGAAAAUGAGGUCAUAAAUCCCAGAGAAAAGGAGGGGGAUGAGACUAAAAUUCCCAAAGAAGACAAUAAAGUUGAAAAUAUAGAGGGGUGUGAGAUCAAAAAGUCCAGGGAAGAAACAGAUGAGGGCAGAAGUGAAGAUGAAGAUAAAACCAAAAGUGCCAAAGAUAAUGUCAAAGAUGAUAAAGGGGAUGAAGUCAGCCUUCCAGGAAGAGGCAUGCAGGAUAUUGAAGGAGACUCCAGAAAAGAGGGAGAGGGGAUCAAAGGCCUCAGAGGGGAGGACAAAGCCAGAGGUGAAGAGGGCAAUGUAGUCAUUGAUUCUAAUGUUAGUAAAGUUGAGGGCUGCACAGAGGAGAGCGAUAGGGUCAAGGAUCCCAGGACAGAAGCUGAUAAGGAAAAAAAUGAAGAUGGGGAUAUGGUCAUAGGCCUAAAGGAUGAAGAUGCAGGUGAAGACAAAGGCCCCAUUUUAUCAGAAGAUGAGAGUACUUGUGAAGAUAGAUAUAGGGUCAAAGACUUGAGAGGAGAGGAGGAGAGUGAGUUCCAAGUUCCCAGAGAAGAGGAAGGGGGUGAAUUUAAAGAAGAGGCUGUGAGCGAAAAUCCCAUAGAGGUGGGUGAUGAAGUCACAGGCCCCAGAGAUGUGGAAGGGGAAGAGUUCAAAAGCCUCAAAGAGGGUGAUGAAGUUGUAGGACCCAGAGGCAAGGAGGGGGAAGAAAUCAAAAGAUUUAGGGAAGGAGAGGAUGAUGUCAAGAGCCCAAGAGAAGAGGAAAAUAACGACUUUAAAGAUCCUGAACAUAAUGGGGAGGAUAAAGUCAACUCUGGACAAAAAAGUGAAGAACAGCAUGGCACGAGCAUUCUAGGAAGAACACAAGGAAAUGAGAAUGAGAUUUGUAUAGUUGAAGAAUCAGAAGAAGUAAAGCUCACUGAUCUUUUGAUACAAAAGGACAAACUGCAAGAAAUCAUAGAUGAAGAAACUGAGUGUAGUUUACAAGGACAAGUUCAUGAGAGCUGCAAAAUCAAUCAAUUGCAAAACAAGAACUUGGAAGAAAUCUGUGAAGGCAAACCAGAGAGUGAUUCCAAGAGUAUUCUUGAAGUAACGCACAGCAAAACUGAACAAGAGGUGGUGAGAGAGAAUGAGACUGGAGUAACUGAAGAGCAAACAUCUCAAGAGAAUCUGCAAGUUGGGGAUGAAGAAGAAACCAGACCAAUCCUGGAUAUCAGUAGCAGGAAUAAAGCAUUUGGGGAUAAUGCCCAAAUAUCUGAAGGUGCUGUCAAUGAUACUGGAGAAAAGGAUGGAAGAGCAAGGCCUGAGCUGAAUGAAGGACAAGAGGAACUAGUGCAAGCUGCACAACAGGAUCCAGCAAUGGGUAGAGUGGCACUGGAGCAAGUUGCCGAGCAAAUAAUUCAAGAUAAUGAAAAACUGGAUCCUGAAAAGGGUGAAGGAGAUUCUAGGACCAACCAAGAACAAAAGAUGCAUGGCUGUGAGAUAAACAAAAUGGGGACUGAAGAAUCAAUAGAUACUCAGAGAGAAACUGAAGAACAAGAGAUCAGAGACAAAGAUGAGGAUGCUGAGAAAGGGAAUCAGUUAGAGUGGGACAAAAAGAUGAAUGUCAUUUUACAAGAUGAAGAAGCAUCUAGGAGUAAAGAGAAAAGGGGAGAGACACCUGCUGAAAGUGAGACUGAGCGCAGACCUAUUGUGAAUGCAGGGUCCAGUAAGGAUCUAAAUCUAAGUGCUAAUUGCAAUAAGGAUGCAGCGAAUGCUGAGCAGAAGUGCCAGCGUAGGAACAGUAGUUCCAGGCAAUCCAGCUAUCAUGGCAACCAGCAGCAGGGUGAGAAUCAGAGGGGCAUGUCCAGCAUUAGUGGAGCAGAAGGCAACAUGAAAGAAGCAGAAGAAGAAAUGGGGCUUCCUGAGACAGCAAAGGAUAGUAAGAGAAAAAGCAAAAGUAAAGAUGAGUGUUCACUUUCAUAUUUUAGGGUAAACACAUUUGUAGAUGAAAAGGAAGCCUUAUUAGAACAGAUUAAAAUAUUAAAAGCACAACUGGAUGAGAAAACCAAGAGUGGAAAAGUGGAAAAGGCAGUGUUUAGUGACACAAUCUUGGAAAACGGAAUGGACGUACAGGUGAUUGAUGUGCAAAGAGAUGCCAACAGACAAAUCAGCGAGUACAAGUUUAAACUCACCAAGACUGAACAGGAAAUAACUGCACUGGAACAACAUAUCAUUCGACUUGAAGGCCAAGUUUUACGAUAUAAGACUGCAGCAGAAAAUGCAGAGAAAGUGGAAGAUGAACUCAAAGCUGAGAAGCGCAAACUCCAAAGAGAGGUCCGCUCAGCAUUGGAUAAAAUUGAGGAGCUUGAGAUGAGCAACAGCCACCUAUCGAAGAGGCUGGAGAAAAUGAAAGCUAACCGGAGUGCUCUAUUAUCCCAGCAAUAAGGCACCCCUGUCACACUCCUGCCCAGCUGCUUGUUACAAAAAAACUUGCGUUUUUUUUUACAAAAGAUAUAAUGAGACGCUUCACUGUUACGACACAUUGCUGAGAAAAAGAUUGGUAAAAAUUGCACUUGUUUCUGA